AUGAACGAAGUGUCAGUCGUGAAGGAGGGCUGGCUGCCCACGCGAGAGUGCCAGCUGAUGAAGACUGAGCGGCCUCGGCCCAACACCUUCGUCAUCCGAUGCUUGCAGUGGACGACGGUCAUCGAGAGGACCUUCCACGUGGACUCUCCUGAAGAGCGGGAUUUUUUUUCCGAGGAGUGGAUGCGAGCCAUCCAGACGGUAGCGAACAGCCUGAAGAAUCAGGAACCGGAGACGGACACAAUGGAUUACAAGUGUGGAUCUCCUAACGACAGCACCAGUGCUGAGGAGAUGGAGGUUGCCGUCAGCAAAACCCGCGCCAAGGCCACCAUGAACGAUUUCGAUUACCUGAAGCUCCUGGGAAAGGGUACUUUUGGCAAAGUCAUCUUGGUGCGGGAAAAGGCCACUGGCCGCUAUUAUGCCAUGAAAAUCCUACGGAAAGAAGUCAUCAUUGCGAAAGACGAGGUGGCGCACACUGUUACAGAGAGCCGGGUGCUGCAGAACACCAGGCACCCCUUCCUCACCGCGCUGAAAUACGCCUUUCAGACAAACGACCGGCUGUGCUUCGUCAUGGAAUAUGCCAACGGCGGAGAGCUGUUUUUCCACCUCUCAAGAGAACGCGUCUUCACGGAGGACCGAGCCCGUUUCUACGGUGCAGAAAUAGUCUCUGCGCUGGAGUACCUGCACUCCCGGGAUGUGGUGUACAGGGACAUUAAGUUGGAAAACCUCAUGCUGGACAAAGACGGCCACAUUAAAAUCACUGACUUUGGGCUCUGCAAGGAAGGCAUCACGGAUGGAGCCACCAUGAAGACUUUCUGCGGUACUCCUGAGUACCUGGCACCGGAGGUCUUGGAGGACAACGAUUACGGCCGUGCUGUGGAUUGGUGGGGCCUGGGGGUCGUCAUGUACGAGAUGAUGUGCGGUCGCCUCCCCUUCUACAACCAGGACCACGAACGCCUCUUUGAGCUGAUCCUCAUGGAGGAGAUCCGCUUCCCUCGUACCCUCAGCCCUGAGGCCAAAUCCUUACUGGCCGGGCUGCUCAAGAAGGAUCCCAAACAGAGGCUCGGUGGAGGUCCCAACGAUGCCAAGGAGGUGAUGGAUCAUCGUUUCUUUGCCCCCAUCAACUGGCAGGACGUGGUUCAGAAGAAGCUGGUUCCACCAUUCAAGCCCCAAGUGACAUCCGAGAUCGACACACGGUAUUUCGAUGACGAGUUCACUGCCCAGUCCAUCACCAUCACCCCACCGGAUCGCUAUGACAACAUGGGCUCCCUGGAGAAUGACCAGCGGACGCACUUCCCCCAGUUCUCCUACUCCGCCAGCAUACGGGAGUAA